GUGGGCAGGACGCGCUCCUUGUCGCUGGUGUCAAACGGAGUGGGCAGCCCUGAGGACUUUAUAAACACCGAGCUCCCACUCAGCGGCAUUUCGGUCAGAAAGGAGCAGGAAGCGUGUUUCUGUGGAAGUCCUCGUCCGGUCGGAAUUAUGUCACUGAGCUCCAUCAAGUCUUUCACCCUGGAGCUGGAUGGUCCUGCAGAUGCAGCGUUCACGUUUGGGGAGGUGGUGUCCGGCCAGGUGGUCCUGGAGCUCCACAGGGACACCCGAGUCCUCUCCAUGAAGGUGCAGGGGAGAGGGGUGGCCACGGCACACUGGCUGGAGAACCGCGGCAUGAACUCCGUCUACAACGACUACACCUCCAAGAUCACCUACUUCAGGAAGAGACAGCAUCUGAUCAGAGGUCAGUGA